AUGUCCCCCCCCUCCUCUUCUCAUUCCCCCAAUGCAUCUACAACCAUGACCCCCAAACCCAAAGCAACCCCAUCCAAACAACCCCUCCAUCCGACUCCUACAAGACAAGAACAGACCCAGGAACCCCCCUGCGAAUUCACCCACCCCUGCACCACCUCCACAACAUCCCUCUCCGGCAGCGGCAGCGGCAGCGGCAGCCACCCCCGCAAACUAAUCUCGCACAUCUUCGGCCGCAACAAAACAUCCACGAAGCUCUUCCCCUCCACCGUGUGGGUGCACUACUGCCGCAAACACUACCAGCGGGCGCGGUACCGGUCGCGCGCAUGGCCGUUUACACAGUGCGAGCUGCUGCUGGAUAGUUUGGGGAGGAUGGAGGCUUGGGGCGGGGUGGAGAGUUUCGAAGUCGUGCUUCGGAGGAGGGAGAUGGAAAGGCUUUCCUCUGCGGAGCAGCGGCAGGGCAGUGGGAAGAAGGGGACGGGGCGGGCUUUGAGAAAGGGGAGACGGGGAGGGGGAGGGGAGGCCUCGGCUUGUACCUCUACGGGUGCUUCUGGGGAGGAGUAUGGAGAUGACGAAGAGGAGUCGGACGACGGUGGGAGACGACGGAGACGCAAGCCGCGGAUCAAAGCGUGUCCUGUGCCCGGGUGGUUGCGCGCCGAGACAGGGCCUGGGAAGUCGUUUGCGGAGAUCCGGGCCAUGGUUGAGCGGAUCCGAGAGGAUCUGACGGAGCAGCAGCAUCGGCUGACCCAAAAGACAAAAGGCACCGGCAAAAGUAAAGAGCAGGUGUUGUUUCCGGAUAUUGAGAUUCUGCCGACGUUUCGGAGCUGGGUUCUCGAGCAGGCCACGGCGGAUGGGGAGAACACGAGCAAGAAGUCGAGGGUAAGUAGGAAGGGAGCGGUGCAGAAAGGCACAAAGGUGAUCCAGUAG